UUAAUUAAUAGGCAUUAUAGGCCAGAGGAAAUUUUGUGCCCCUUAACACUUGCACCCAGAUGCAAUUGCCCCCCUCUUGCUACACCACUGUGUGCAUGUUAACCAAAUUUAGAACAAGAAAAAAAAAAGGUGUCUGUUUUUAGUAUUCACUUGUAUUUCUGAAAAUCUAUGUAAAUGUCCUUGUGUAAUUGAAAUACAUAUUUAGAAAUAUUUCUGUAUUGACCAUAAUGUUUCUGCCUUUGCCACUUAUGAAUACAAGUUUGCUUAAUGAGAGUGUUUUUUAAAAUUCUUUCUGAUUUUAAUUGUCAUGACUUUAGGUCGUGUUUAAGUUGUAUUUUAGCAUUCUGACCAUUUGGUAACUUAGUUAGAAUUACAGAAGUAUAUUUUGUGAUUGCAUUUCUAAAAACUAGAAUUAAUUUGAUAUUUAUGAAUGUAAGAGUUCUACUCCUAAGGUUUGGUGUGCAAGAACUUUUCAAACAUAUUUCAAACCUUUAGUGACUUCUAACUGUGUUCUACAUGAAUUCAAACAUGCCUUAGUAAAAACUUUUUUUCUGUUACUCAUUAUUAAAUGGGCAAACGUCUACGUACAUUGACAAAGCUAAUAAACAUGUAAAGUUAACAUAUUGCCUAGAAGAACCAAUGCUUGAUAACAUUUAUCUUUUGUAUUUUCUGUUUAAAUAGACUUGCCUUUUGUAUCAUUUCUCAACACAAUAUUCAGAUCAAUUUCCACCUACCAACAUUGAAUUUAUAAACCUUUUUUGUUUACACUUAUUACAAAGUGGUUUCUAACUUCUUAACAGAGAGCUUCGAGCUUUGUACUGCAACAAUGAAUUAUUCUAAAUAGACUAUAGUAGUAAAUAUAUUAUAGUGCUUAUGGCAUGAAGUAAGGAUUUACAUAUUCAGAAUUAUACUGGGGUGUUGAAACUAAAUCUUGAAUAUAAACAAAUGAUAUACUUAUUGGGUAACUUUAAUGAAAUAGUUGGUUUGAGUGAAGUGGUCAGUUAAACUGAAUAAUACCUGCAGGUUAGAUUUAAUGAUUUUAUUGGUUAUGCUUUUGUUUGGCCAAUCAGAGAAACGUUGAUACAAUUUAAAGGAUGUUUAUAUUAAGAUAUAAGAUGAAGCUUUUCACUUUCAUUUUGUUUUAUGACUCAGUUCACAAGAUUCCAGUUGCAGUUUCUGGAACUAUUCACAGUCUGUGGAUUGUAGACAACCUCACUCUUAUGUCUUGAUAUAAUUCUAUGUCACGUGAAACUCAUGAUUUAACUUUUUUUUGCAAAAUAAUUUUAUUAAAAUUUUUAGGUGAUGGAUGACUACUUGGCUUCAAUGUUAGCAGUGAAGUGUAUGAGUAAAUUUUGGGUGUAUGUUACCAUAUUCUAUAACUAGAUAUAGGGGAAAGGGUUAACAGUGUUUUUUUUUACUUUUUAUGGUAGCCAGGAUUCUGGUCAGUGAUGACAUCUAAAUAUUAAAUAUCAUUUUUCAUAUUAUCUCCUUAAAUGUAUUAAGUAACAGUAAGGAUAUACAGUAGGAUCCAUACAUGUAUUCCCUUUCAGUGUCUGAUUAAAAUAAGUCACUCUCUUAUAUUGUAAAUGACUCUUAGUUUAACAUUGAUUUUGGCAAUAAUAUUAUGGAAUUGCCAAGAAAUGUUUAUUCUUAGAUAGAGUUUGGUAAAUAUUUAUUUCUAAAGACUAAGUAUCACAUUAAGUGUUUAAAAUAAUGUAUAUUAGAAAUAUACACCAGUGAUUUUACUGUGUUCCUCUAUAUAAUUACUCUGUAUAAUUGUUAAAGGCUAAUAAGCAACUUCAGUUAGCUUCUUUUGUAAAGAUAUAGAAUAACUGAUGAAUAUUAUUUGGGUUCUGGUUCAGGCUAAGAGUUCUAGGAAUACUCAAGUUGAUUUGUUUAACCUCUGUCCAGUAGAGUUCAACAUUUUGAUAAAAACUAUUUGAUAGAAUUUAAUGUGAAGUGAAACAUUGUCACAGUUUUCACUGCGAUGUUAAAAUAAACAUGUUUCUACUUAGAAUUUAUAAACUCAACCAUUUUAUCAUGAACUAUUAUGUAAACAGAUUAAAGAGUGUAAUGUGAAUUGUUUUACAGCUUUACAAUUUGGAAGUUUCAAGCUGGUUUUGGCCACUUGAUUCCCUUAUGUUAGUUUCAAGCUGGUUUUGGCCACUUGUUUCCCUUAUGUUAGUUUAGCCUAUUUAAAAAAGAAAACAGCAGCAGAUACUUGAAGCAGAAUAAAAAAAAGUUAGAAUUUUAACUUGGCAUGCUGAGUUGGAAGUACAUGUGGGAUUUCCUUCUUUUAGUUCAUUCUUAAAUUUUGGCAUAUAUGCUAGUAAACACAUAUAUAUAUAUAUAUAUAUAUAUAUAUAGUAUGGUGUAAGUUUGCAAUAAUAUUCAAAUUAACAUUUAAAACAACAGAACUAUAUGUAAGCUGAAAGGCUAAAAGUUAAGAAACUUGGGUACUGAUUCAUAUGGUUUUCUUAUUUAGGAACCCAAUGAUUCUGCUCAGAGUGUGACAAAUCCAUAUUCUUUUGAAUGCAUUUUUCUAUGUAAAUUUUUUUAUCAUGCUUUACUCUUUCGUGUAGCCUAUGUCAUGCAUUUUAAAAUGUAAUUUAUAAACCAAAUUUUUAGCAUAAUGCUAGUUGCUUAUUCGAGGUUCAACAGCUAAACACUUUUCUUUAUGCAAGAUAAAAGUUGGAUGACACAAGUUACAGCUUAACCAGGGUGCUCAGCCAAAGUGAUGGGAAAUCCUGAUGCUUUAAUGAAGCCCAAAGCUGAUUUGGCAAAAUGUCGAGAAAAACAGUAAAUAAACAAAAUAGAUGCUCUCAGGAAAUAAGUCGUUCUAUAAAAACUGUAACUGUUAUGAUUAGAAGUGGCCAUGUGGGAUAAAGGCAGUAGCUAGGUCUUGAAUUUGGAAAUUAAGUUAGUUUAAAACUUGUGGUGCUGUGCUAUAUAUAUAACAUGCAGGAGAUUUUAAUGAAAGUAUAAAGUUUAUGAUACUAUACAGGUUGAAUUAUGUUAGUAGGGUUAGUGUAUUAUGUAUGCACCUUAUGGAACCAGAAACACUUGUUUGUGGGAAUGUUCAUGUAAUUUUCAACAAACAUGAAUGCCUAAUUGUAUUAUUUCUUCUAUUUCCGCAUAUUUAGCAUAGUUUAUUAUGUGUGUCAUUGAAUAUUAUAAAGGAAAUUCGCAAGCAUGUGUAAUUUAAAUCAAAAAGUUAUGGCUGUUAAGUGCAUGUCUUCACUCAAUAGUAGAGAUUGAUAAAUACAAAUGGGUGAGAAGACUAUUGGCUGAGUUUCCACUUGAUUUCACAGAUUCGUUUUUAAUUUUGAGCCCCUGUAAUUAACGCUGUAUUCUAUAAAACAUUGUGUACUGAAAUGGGAAAAAUAAAACAAUAGUAAUUAAUGUCAAAUAAAUUAUAUUUUCUUUGGAUAAGAAAUCCUUUCUUGUUAUUGUCUUUCUUUUUUUCAGUUGAACUUCUCCACAUGUUAGAAUUCAAUAUUAGCAUAAAUUUUCCAGCAGCACCUCUUGUGACAGUAAUUCUGGCUUUGGUUGGUAUGGAAGCGAUUAUGUCAGAGUUCUUCAAUGAUACUACAACAGCUUUCUACAUUAUUCUGAUUGUUUGGGUGGCUGACCAGUAUGAUGCUAUCUGCUGCCAUACUGCUAUUACCAAGAGACAUUGGCUCAGAUUUUUCUAUCUUUACCACUUUGCAUUUUAUGCUUAUGACUACCGAUUCAAUGGACAGUACAGUGGAUUAGCUCUUUUAACAUCCUGGUUUUUUAUCCAGCACUCAAUGAUUUACUUCUUUCACCAUUUUGAACUUCCUUCAAUUCUACAACAAGAGGAGGGUGACCAGAUUUAUGGGCAGGUACCCCCUCCUGUGGAUCGAUUGCCUGCUGCUGUAGUUAAUCCAGUAGGAAAUGAUGAACAAAGAAUGCCAGAAGAGGGUGGUAGUGGAGGUAGCCCUAACUUUGGAGGAGAAAAUCAUGAAGACACGGGUGUUGUGCCUGCACCAACAUCAGCUGCUAGUUCUAAUGAGGUAAAUGACAAUUCAAUGUGGGGAUACCAGCCUCUAGUGAAGGAAGUAAUAAUACCGUCCCACCAGCAGAAGGAAGGCUAGAGCUUGAAAGCCAUAGUAUAACUACAGAGAGCAAUGAAGGUAUUUCAUUAGAAGCAGCUUCGUCUUCUUAUGAAAACUCAGUUUCAACAGAACUGACAGAUAGUGUUGACACUUCACAUGCAAUGGAUCUCCCAGAAGUAUCUGAAGAAAAUAUUAUUGUUUUAAAGCAUGUAGAGGACUCUAAAAAUGAUAAUCCAAGUAACAGAGAGGAAGAAAACUAUGUUAACUUUAAUUCUAAUGAAAAUACAGAAAAAUUAAAUUCAAAUUCAUAUACUGAAUUUGAAAACACCUGAUUAAAUAAACUGCAAAAAGUAAAAAAAAAUACACACAGAUAUUCAUACACACACACACAUAUACACACUAAUUUUGAAGGGAAAAAUAAAUAAAAAGCCUUACAUUUUUGAUAGAAUAGAAAAGCCAUUUAUUUGCUGAUGUCGUAAGGCUAAACAACAUUUCAUAGAAGAAAUGUAUUAUUAAAUGAGCCUAAAAAAUUAGGACAUAGUUACUUAAAAUGACUUGUGUAGCAAGAAAUACAGAUCCAUUUAAAGAUAUUUUUCUCAGUAAAGAUGAUGCUAUGAUAAUUCUGAAAGUCCAAUAUGAUGAAUCUGUCAUUUUCUAAGUCUCGUUUUAAUAUAGAAACAAAUAUUUUUCAACUUUCUCGUCCACAAAGAUGUAAAUCUUUUUUUUUUUCUUGAUUAUAAUUCAUCAAUUUUUUUGAAGUAAAACUGUGUCCACUAUUAUUUUUGAACUUUCGUCUCGUUAAAAGGGGUGGGUUAAUAGAGAUUAGUAUAGCUUUAAUAGAUUUUAUUUAAUUUAUCAAUGUUUAUUACAUCAUUAAUAAUCUUCUGCAUGUGCUUUUGGGAUGGUUUUUUUAAAAAAUGAGAUAUCUAUAUGUAUGUAUGUAUGUAUGUAUAAUAUAUAUAGAAACAAAUGUGACCAGUAUAUAUUAUGAUCUGUUUUCCUUCUGAGCAAGAUAAGAUAUUGUAGAUAUGCCAGUGUAUACUUACUUGAAUGGUUGGUAUUUAAAUUUGUUUAAAAUAAAUAAAGAUUUUUGAAUGGGACUUUCUUGUGGUAAAGAAUGGUCUAGUAUCUGUCACUUCAAAGUGAGAAUUCCUAGACACUUUGCAUAUAUAUUGGUGUGAAUUUUAACUUUUGAGAAAUACUCAAAUUUAGCCAUAAUACCUUCAAUAUGUUUCAAAAUUUCCUUUUAAGGUUUUGAUGAUGGGCCAGCUAUGGAAAUUCAAGUGAAUGUAAUGAGUAUGCUUUUGUAUAUGUUACAUAACAGUGGGGCACAUUCCUUGUUCUUUUUUAAGUUUAGCCCCUGACAUGCCUGAAUUAAGCAUUUUUGUGGAAUCUCUAUUAUACUCUUAAAAAUUCAUACAAAAAUAUUAAAAGCACUUGCCUUUUAUAUUGACAAAUUACUCCAAAAAAGUGCUUUGUGACAACAAAAUGAAUGGAAUAUUUGUAGAAGAUUAUAGUACAAUCUAUAUGUACAUGAAAAAGUUUACGUCAAGUUACCCACUUUUCGAGUUAUCCUUGACAAAGUAAUUGUUAUCAGUUAUUAGAUGCUACAGGUUCUGAUGAACAAUAACUUUAAUUUUUCCAAAAACCAAUAAUUGUUAUCUUUUAAAACUUGAAUAACAUUGGAACAAAAGUAAGUAUGUUAACCAAUAAAUCGGAUAUCUUAAAAUUAUUUUUACCAAAAUGUAUCAUAAAAAAAGACAUUUUUUAAUUUCAGGCCUAUCGGUAUUUAGUAUUCAGAGAUUUUGUGGGCAUGAUGUUUUAUUAAUAAAACAACUUGGUUCCAAGUUAUACACAGAUUUGUUUGAAAAAAUAUUGCAACGGUAUAUUCAUAAAAAAUUAUGCUAUAACUAACUGUCAUAAAAUAUGGUAAUUUUACUACCUUGAGUCGAACAUAAGCAUAACUUUAAAGGUAAGAUAAUAAUUGAAUAACAUAAUCGCUGCAGAACUGGCCAGAAAAAUCAUAUUGGUGUAAUAAAGUUGAAAACAGCACUCAUAAUUUACGUUUUUUCCUCUUAUUUAUAACACUGAUUGUUUAAAUUUAUCGCGCUCAUCAGUAGUGUAGUUAGUACUAGUAGAUCCACAAACUAUACUUUUAAAAUACGCAGCUUUCAUAUGUGGGAUGAUUUGAUUAUGCUCGUGUUUUUCAUAUAUGCAUACUUGUAUAAGCUUUUGUCAGAGCCAAUAGUAAUUGUUUUGUAAUUAAGGAUUAAUUUUAGUCACUGAACACUCUUUCUACCAGGAAUUU